AUGGAGGAGUACCACCGGCCCUGCGACGAGGUUGGGUUCAAUGCUGAUGAAGCGCAAAAUAUAGUGAAAGAGUGUGUUGAUGGAGUCUUGGGAGGUGAGGACUACGAUCAGAAUAACAUCAACCAGUGGACUGCAAGCAUAGUGGAACAAUCCCUAGCACAUUUGGUUAAGUUGGGGAAAGCUUAUAAGUACAUUGUGACUUGUGCAGUGGUCCAGAGGAGUGCAUAUGGAUUUCAUACAGCCAGCUCCUGUUUUUGGGAUACUACAUCUGAUGGUACCUGCACCGUCAGAUGGGAGAACCGCACCAUGAACUGCGUCGUGAAUGUCUUUGCAAUUGCAAUCGUCCUGUAACCUACUAAAUAUGUUGGGCUUAAAGCCAUUAAAUUAAGUUUGUGAGUGUAUCCUUUCUUAAAAGAGUAAUAAGUACUUAUUAAUGUGCUAGGCGACAAGUGUGCAAUAUGCUUCAAAGCUAUCAGUGAAAACCUGACUAUUGUAAGCACAUGUCUAAUAAGUAGGAAGUUGGAAGAUUAUCUAGUGUUCUAUACAGCACUAUUUAAGGACAUAAAUGUUAGCCAAAAAUUAAUGCACAACUAUGGACUGACGUAAAGUAGAAUCUUAUAUUUAUACAAGCAUUUCACUAGCGUUAGGUACCCACAGAGAUGGGAAAAAAAAAUCUAUUUAGAUACUGACAUUACCUUUAACAGAGAUAAAUAUGUGAACAAAGAAGCUGCGAGGAUAAAUGCAGAGAAAAUGACAUGAACUAGCUAAUAUCUUUCUGGUUGAUUUUAAUUUUUUCUUAAUUGACUUGGAUAUAAUACUUCAUGAAAAGUAAUUUUGACAC